ACACUCUCCGUCUCCCCCCCUGCUAUGCCAUCGAUCAGUAUGUGAAUUGCGAGAAAAAACAACCAUGGAAACAAGGUUCAGUAAAGAAUCAUCAUGGGAUAAGAAAAACUCAUCAUCCACAACGACAAGCAUACAAAAGCAAAUGGUAUCAACAGGGAUUAAUAACCGGCGACUAAUCAGUAGUCAACCGGACGUGGCUGAUUUACUAGAUGAUUGGUUCUUUGGUAAUGUCACCAAUAGGGAACUCGGCAACAACAAAGAUCAUAACCCAUAUACACCUACUCCUAGAAGAUUUGAGGAGGAUACAGACGACGAGGGCGGGAACAAAGAACAGAAGAAGUUAACUCAAGAAUGGGUCCAUGAAGCUAAACGUUUAGUCUCUGCAUCUCCUGCUCGUACUUGUGAUUCCCCUACACGACUCGUUGGGUCCCCAAGAUUUGCUUCAGCCGGUGGGGGGAGUAGAGACUUCCUGGAUCGAAGAGACCCACUUUCGAGGUCCGCCAGAAGACAUAGAGCUGUAGAAAGUUUUAGUGGUGAGAUUCUGUCAAAAUCAGCAAGACACAGUAGAAACAAAUCAGAAACCAUAGAAUUAUCAAAACCAACAGCCGAAGCCUCCCCUGCUUCAGCACUUCAUCAGCGGUUUUCCAACAUUUUCAAUCCCCAACACAACCAACAACGACAACAAGAAUCCUCUGAUAAUGAUCAACCAGAUUCCAUUAUCUCGAAACCACCACGACAACCGCUCGUUCGUAAGUCUCGAUUCCGUGACGAUUUGCCAACUACCGAUACUUGCACCAAACCCAAUUUAUCAAGAAGAACAUUUAAAAGUAACAACUCAGUUCCUAGUUCCCCCAACGUAUUAUCCCCACCAAGAAACCUUAUCGAAUCUGUACAUAGGCGGACAAAUUCUUCGUCAACAUGUGCUCUUCCUGAGAUCCAAUUACUUCUUUCACCACCGAGAAAUCUUUUUGAAUCUACCCAUAGAAGAUCGAUUUCCUCGUCCACAUGUUCACUUGAUAAGUUCUCAUUAAGGCCUGACUCGAAUAUUAAAGAGGUUGUCAAAGGUCAUGGGAAUAGAGACCUUAAUGGGUUUCUAGAUGAACAACGGUCCAACAUUGCAAGGAUUUCCAAUGGGGAUAGUGAUGCACGGGCUAAAUUUGUACUGUCAGGAUCUUCGAACAGUACGAGUUCGAUGGUUGCAACUAUUUGUUAUGCAUGGUUGUUAGCGAAUACGUCUAAGUGUAAUACGGAUCAAGGAGAUGCAACUUGGCAGGUUGUUGUGGUACCUGUAAUGAAUAUGAAGAGGAAUUGUAUGUGGAAGCAAAAACAAGUUGCCUGGCUCUUUCACCAUUUUGGAAUUGAUGCUACUUCUUUACUAUUCUCCGACGAGGUCGAUGUGGAGGCUCUAACAAUGAGGAAGCAAUUGAGUACUGUAGUUACUGGGCAAGAUGUUCUUCGGGCUAAUGGCGAGGUUGGAUCUCAGUGCACAAUUCUUACAGAUAAUUACUGCGAAGAUGCCUAUGAUCUUCUUCAAGUUCCUAUCUUGAAAAACCUAUUGCUUGCAGGUAUCUUGCUAGAUACACAAAAUUUGAACUCAACAGCUACGUUAUGCACAAAUAGAGAUGCCGAGGCAGUACAGUUGUUGUUGGUUGGCUCCUCCACUAAUUACAGAAAUGCUCUUUUUGACCUAUUGAUGCAAGAGCAGCGAGAUAGUUCUUUCGUGGAAGCUCUGCGACAGAAUUAUGGGAAGUCUCCUAGCAGGAGUGACCAUGAAAAUGGAGAAACAACAGACCAAAGAGUUUCAACCAUUUCUGGGAUUUCGAAUAAGAAUGAAAAUGAUGCAAGAAACGUUAAUAAGACUGUCAGAGUUUCCCCGAAACUAGCACCAGCUCGAACACCAGAAGCAAACCAUGGGAAAAACAAAUUCUUCUUGGCUAAAUGGUUCGGCUUGGGUCCGAAAUCAUGAGACUUAAGUUGGGCGAAUGAGAUUUCCCCUUGGCACCUUAAUUGCAGCACCAGCUCGAACACCAGAAGCAAACCUUGGGAAAAACAAGUUCUUCUUGGCUAAAUGCUUCGGUUUGGGUCCGAAAUAAAGCAAGUUCCGCGAAUGAGAUAUCCCCUGGCACUAUUUCUGAAAUCAAAAGAUGUACUAUCACCCAGACGGAUGAUUAAGGUUAAAAAAUAAAAAAAAGGUUACGAGUGUCAUUAUUAGUUACACAGUUAAUAUGAUGAAAAUGAAAACUCCAUUACUGAGAGUUAUU